AGUGCGGCGAGGCGCGGGGGGGAUUGUGCGGGAUUCCGCUGCCGCGGGCCGCCGCCACCGUGACCGCUCUCCAGCGCUGUUGCGUCCCCGCUCGGUACAGCGGUGAGCCCACUCCGCCGCCGUUCGUGUCCUGAACGCGUGGCAGGAGCCUCCCGCCGCCCCCCUCUCACCACAGUGGGAGUUACCGCGCAUCCCGGAAGAGGGAACCGGCUACUUCCGCCUGCCGGGACCGGACCGCAGCCGCCACCAUGACAGCCACGCUGCGCCCGUACCUGAACGCGGUACGCGCCACGCUGCAGGCCGCGCUGUGCCUGGAGAACUUCUCCUCGCAGGUGGUGGAGCGGCACAACAAGCCCGAGGUGGAAGUCAGGAGCAGCAAAGAGCUGCUGUUGCAGCCGGUGAUCAUCAGCAGGAACGAGAAGGAGAAGGUCCUCAUCGAGGGCUCCAUUAACUCUGUGCGCGUCAGCAUUGCAGUGAAACAGGCUGAUGAGAUUGAGAAGAUCUUGUGCCACAAAUUCAUGCGCUUCAUGAUGAUGAGGGCUGAGAAUUUUUUCAUCCUGCGCAGGAAGCCUGUGGAGGGCUACGAUAUCAGCUUCUUGAUCACAAACUUCCACACGGAGCAGAUGUACAAACACAAGCUGGUGGACUUUGUCAUCCACUUCAUGGAGGAGAUUGACAAGGAGAUCAGCGAGAUGAAGCUGUCUGUCAACGCCAGGGCCCGCAUUGUGGCAGAGGAGUUCCUCAAGAAUGCCGUGGCGCAGGACCCCGUGGCUCCCCGACGCUUGUGCCCGCCAGGCACCGUGCCUGCGCCCGCUCCUGCUGCCCCGCGGACGGCUGGGCCGGCGGCCGCGCUGGGAGCAGCCCCUGCUUGCGGCAGAGCCGCCCUGGUCGCUGCCGCUGUCUCGUCUCGUUUUUUAAACGGUCUCGUUUGCUGGGCUGGGAUCUGUCCCCGCUUUGGGGUGGUGUUGCCAGCAUGGUGGCCAGGCCCGAGGGUCUGCCAUCACAGCGGUGCUGGGGUUGGGGGGCUACACUCUGCACUGGACCCCCCACUGCAGUCCCCAGCAGGGACAGGGGACCCACUUGGCACCUGGGGGAGGCAGAGCCACCUGCAGCUCCCCAUGCCCUCAGGGUGCUGUGGGAUGGUGCCACAGGGAGAGCAGCGCUGUGGGGAUGUAGCGUGGGGGCUGCUGCUGGAGCAAAUGUCCCAGCGGUCCCCUGGCCUGAGGGUGGGGACAACAGCACAGUGGGGCAUCCUGGGGGGUACCAGCAUGAGGCUUGGCAUACCGGUAGAUGCUGCAGUUGGGACCCCCACCUUGCUCGGGCAGGGGCAGGCAGGUACGUGUCAGCCCCCAAACGGGGCUGAGGGUGUGGGGUCAGCUGGGUGUGUCCUCGCAGGGCAGGCAGCACCUGCCACCGCCAGCCACCGCGGCUGCCACCACCCCUCCCUUGACCUUGUGCAGUUCAAGAGAGCCAGGCUGCGCGUGGAGAAAGCCAUAAAGGAAAAGAAGAUCUUCACAGUGCUGGGCCCCUACCCUGUCAUCCGCAGCCAACUGCGGGCCCGGGGCUGGGUGGAGAGGAAGCCCCCGAGCACGGGCAGCCGGCCAGAGCAGCAGCGUGGCAGGCGGGAGAAGUGGCUGCAGGAGGAGGAGGGGAAAGAUGAUGCUGAUACUGCUGAUCAGGGGGACACAGUGCAGGGCCCACGGCUGGGGUCAGAAUCUUGUGGGGCAUGGUCUUCCCUGGGGACCCUAGAGCCCCUGCAUUCCCCAUGGCCACCUGAGGAGGAGGAGGAGGAAGAGCAGCAGGAUGAGGACCCCGAUGACAUCCACAAGCUCAUGUCCUGCCUGCUGCGGGACCAGAUACCGUACUUCAUCUGGACCACCCGCCGCAGUGCUGUCAACCACCAGCUGCUGCAGCACGACCAGGUGGUGAACCACUAUAGCGGGGUGGCCUCCUUCACCACCAAGGAGGGGCUGUGUGUCAACCUGCGAAACCUGACCUGGUUCUGUGAAGCUGACCCUGACAUGUUCUUCCCGCGGUGCUACCGGCUGGGGGCCGUGGACGAGCGGGAAGCCUUCAUCGAGGAUUUCCGCCUGACGGCAGCUCGCAGCCUGCUCAAAGUGGCCCUGGAGAGGGCUGGGGACACACCAGUGGGGACAGAGCAGCCCCCAAAAUCUGGGGAGGGGCCAGCAGGGUCCCCCCGGCCCUCCCAGCUGGUGGAGGAGGCUCUGCAGGUCUGCAGGCAGCACCUGGACAGUGUGGGGCACCAGGACAUUGACAGGGACGCCCCGUCCCCCUGCACGACGGCCAUCGACUGGGACCACUUCCUGCAGGACUACUACCGUGUGGUACACGAGGGGGCCGGGCUGGUGCUGAGUGCGGCACAACAGGAUCAGUGCCAAGCGCUGCUGCAGCUCCUGGCCGGGCACCUGCCCCAGCUUGUCAUGGAGGGUAACCGCAACGUCUGGAUCCUCAAGCCUGGUGCCAAAUCCCGCGGCAGGGGUAUCGUCUGCGUGGUGCGGCUGGAGCAGGUGCUGCAGCUGGCGGGGGGCUGCACGUUGUUCUCAGCGCGGGAGGGCGAGUGGGUGGUGCAGAAGUACGUGGAGCGGCUGCUGCUCAUCUUCGGCACCAAAUUCGACAUCCGGCAAUGGUUCCUGGUGACAGACUGGAACCCGCUGACUGUCUGGUUCUACCGAGAGAGCUACGUGCGCUUCUGCUCCCAGCCCUUCUCCCUCAGCCACCUGGACCCGGCCCGGCACCUCUGCAAUGUCUCCAUCCAGAAGCGCUGCAGGCCAGCGCAGGGCCGGCACCCCCGGCUGCCCUCUGACCAGAUCUGGUCCUGCCGGCAGCUCCAGGCGUACCUGGCGCAGGCAGGGCGGGCAGGGGCCUGGCAGCAGGUGAUGGUGCCCGGCAUGAAGGCGGCGGUGGUGGCCGCCCUGCGCAGUGCCCAGGACCUGGUGGGGUCCCGCAAGGGCAGUUUCGAGCUCUUUGGAGCCGACUUUGUCUUUGGGGAGGAUUGCCAGCCCUGGCUGCUAGAGAUCAACGCCAGCCCCACCAUGGCCCCCUCCUCGGCGGUGACCAGCCGGCUGUGUGCCAGAGUCCAGCGGGACACGCUGCGUGUGGUGAUCGACCACAGGGACAACCCUGCCUGCCCCACUGGUGCCUUCGAGCUCAUCUACAAGGAGGCAGCCGUGCCCGUUCCCAUGCACAGUGGGCUGAAGCUGAUGGUGGAAGGCUGCUCCGUGAGGAAGCCCCGUAUGCCACAGCACCGAACCCAGGGCAAAGCCCCCACCACUGCAAACAGUGCCUCCCAGCCCCCUGUGCCCCCCAGCUCCUGGGGCAGAGCCAAACAGCUCCCCAAGCUGGGAGCAAGGCGGGGGGAGCCGGCUCCUCUGGGAGGAUGGAGCUGCCACUGCCCCCCCGGCUCUGCUCACCCAGCACCCCCACAGCCCCCCAUCCCACCACCCCCAGGGUGCUGUGCCAGGAGCCAGGGGCCACUGCAGCUCAGCCGCCUGCUCGGGCAGCCCCAGACGGCUCUGCCCCAACUCCAUGUCCGUCCCCAGGCCAGGGUGCCUGUCCCACCGCCCCGGGGACCUCCUGGCAGCCUGCAGCCCCUGGGGACCCGCAGGCCAGCCCCCCUCCGCCCCUCCUGCCCGGGCACUGCACUUGCCAGGGCUGGCACCCGGCGCCUGGACUCCGUGGUCCUGCCUGUGGUCCCCAAGCCCCAUUGCAGGACAAAGACACGAAGUGGCUCCCAGAGGGACGCAGAAGAGCUGUGACACUGAAGGACACCCAGAUGGGGACAUCACCCUGCUGGGGUGACACGGUGGCACCUGACUCCCCCCUCCCCCCUGCCCCAACUGGACCCCAUGGGGGCAUAUAGCACUGUGGGGACUGCAAAAACACGUCUGUGACAGGGAGCCUGGCUCUGCCCCUCUAUGUGGGCUGGUGUGGGCACAGCUGGGGCUGUACUGGGGACGAGGCUGGGGACAAGAACCGCAGCCACUGCGGCAGCUCCUUGGCCAGGGGCAGAGAGCAGGCAGGAACAGGCACCUCCACUCCUGCCAGCCUCACAGAGU